AUGGAAGAUUUAGCUUUAAAUGAGCAUGCAGAUGAUUCAAAUGAGAAUACAGAUGAUGAUAGCAAUUCAAUUAAUGAAACUGACAGUGAUGAUUAUUCUUCAAACUACAAUCUAGAUGGAUAUAAAAAUAAUUUAAAAAAAGAACUUCUCACGUCAUUAUUUGAAGAGGCGUCAAAAAAGAUUGAAAAUAGGAUUUCGGAAAUGCAAGAGAUUUUUUAUAAAGCCUUAAUAAAUGCUGGAUACCUAAAAAUGACCAAAAAAAAGUAUAAAGUUAACUUCUCUGAUAACACUUCCAUCAAUGUAGAAUUAAUAUUUCAGAAAAAGGAUACUAAGAAAAAAGUUCAAAAAGAACCAAUUACAGAAUAUGGACUUAUUUUGAAAGAUCAACCGAAACCAUUACAAACUCUUAUGUGCGCACUUGGAAUACCUGAGGGGUAUAUUAAAAAUGUGUUUUUGUAUAAAUGGUAUAAACCAUCUGAUAUUUAUAGAGAAUCGAAUUCAGUUGAAUGUCUAAAGUCAUCAAACACGAAAAGCUCAAACAGCAUUAUUGUUAAUAAUUUAGAUAAGAUAUUGCAUUUAAUAGAAACAAGGAUAUCUGAUAAAUUGGAAAAUGAAAUUCUUGACAUACCAAAGCAAUUACUUUUUGCUUCUAUAUUCUUGAAGUAUUACUUUGACUUUUGUAUAUUUGAUGAUCAAUUCUACAAACAUGACGGUAUUGAGCCACUUUUAAAAGAACUUAAAUUUCGGCAAAAUGAGAUGAUGACUAUAUUUAAUACAAUUAAAAUGAUACCUAAUUUAUUAGCAUAUAAAGUUUUCCCUAUAGAUCAAGGUACUUUUCCCGAAAGACAGGCAAAACAAAAUGCAAAAACAAAUGUUUUAAGAUAUCUUAAAGAAUCUUUAAAUUUAUUUUUAUAUUGCAUUACCUUCGGACUAGUCUUUUCAAUGGGCGAUCCUCUAGGUGGAACCAAAGAUUGGAAAAAUUUGAACGAGGAUGAUUACAAAAAUUCGGUAAAAGUACUAAAUGAAAGUGAAGAGUUGAAAUCGGCAUUGCAAGAAAGAAAUGCUAUAUUUGGACCAAUUAUUAUGAAUGCGUUAGUAGACUAUGCAGAAAAAUAUCAGUUAAUAAAAGCGAGUCAAAAAAAUAAUUUGGAUCAAACUGAUUUAGCAUAUCUCUUGAGAGGAGUUAAUCGUAAUUAUCAAUAUUGGGAUAUGAGAAAUGAAGACGAUUUUUUAAAUGAGAAUCCCCAAGUAUACACGCCAGCUAAAUUUACUUUCUUUGAGAAAAAAUUUGAAGCCCUUUCUUUAAAUGAAAUGGCCCGAUCAGAUAACAAUGAUGAAUUUUAUGAAGAAGUGUAUAAUAAAUUUAAUGAUGACAAUAAUAUUUAUGAGAACGAUAACAAUUUUCAUGAGGACAAAUACAAUGAAAUGGAAGUGGAUAACUUUAACAAUAGAAAAAAAAUUCUUGAUAGGAGGAAUCUAACUGGAGCAACAAACCUAACAGAAUAUACAAAAUGGUUAACUGAACUUCAAAAUAAUGACUUAAAAGAUGCCCAAUUUAGAAAAUUUGAUAAACAAAUAGAUAAAUUGCUGACGAAUAUUAAUAGUAUUAAAGGUAUUAAAGGAAACAGCAAUAAUGCUCUACAAGUAUUGAUAACUCAGGUAUUAAAAUUUAGUGGCAAAUUAUUUAUUCACUUUAGCGAAGUCUGGUGUAAGGAAAUUAAUAGUGGUUUAUUUCAUAAUACGAUUCAAUUCUUUGAUCAAGACACUGGAAAUGAUAUACUCUGGUAUUCCGAAUUUCGUAAAAUUAUUGAUGAAGAUAUUAAAACUAGUUAUAAUUAUUUGAAUGCAUUGAAAUUAAAAUCAAUGAAUGAUUUCGAACAGAAUCAAUAUGAAACUAUUAUGAAUAUGAUUGAUAUCUUCGAAUUAGAAUUCAAUCAAAGUGAUCAAUUAAGUAGGGCAGUAAUAAUAUCAAAACACGCAAUAACGAUUAAUAAGACAGCUGAAGAAUUUCUUAAGAAGUAUUCUGAUUACUUUAUAGAAUGCAUACAAAAUCUUCCGGAGUCUUAUAGUGUAGAAAAAGUUACAAUUCAAAAUUUUGUUCAAGAUUACUUUAGCAAUGAUGACAAAUUGUCUUUAUUUAUUAAUAUACCUGAGAAUCGUACAAAAUAUGAAAAUCUUGUCAAAAAUAAAAUUGUUGAUCUUAGCGAAGAAUUCACAAGAAAAUGGAAUGAAUUUCUUCAAGAGAACGAAUCGAAUGAAGCAAAAGAGUUUACUCGUGUAUAUCAAGAAUUUGUUAACUCUUUGCAUGAAACUCAAAAACCAUAUUAUUUAGUUGCAAAUGAAUUGGAUGGUUUAAUUAGAAGAGGUGAAGAUUUUUUAUCACUGGAAAUUAAAUCAGAACCCAUAUAUACUUAA